GUAGCUCCGCCGAAGCCUGUGUUUUAUAAGAACGAGACCGCGAUGCGUGCUCCACGUAGGUUUCGUCGUCGUCGUGCUACGCGUUUCGCUCUUCGAUGAGGAAACCUUUCCGGUGGACCCAACGGUCGCGAUCAGGAGCGGUGCUUUUACAAUGCUAUCUCUCGUGCCUCGAAGCCCUAUGACAAACAGGGAUUCAUACAAUGCCAAUGCCCUUACACCAGCUUCCCGCAAACUUUCGAAAUCUUCGCCCAAUAUGAAAGAGAUGAAAACCCGUUACGUCGGAGAGAUCCAGUGCGGCGUUUCGGGAUCGAACGCAGACGGAUCGGAUUUCUCGUUUCUCCCAAAACGACGCGACGGUGAAGAGAGAACUGGGGCGAAGGAAUCGUCUGCAGACAAGUCUGUCUUCCCCCAAAUCCAAUCCGUACAUCAUACCAGAGACUCGGACAAGCCAUCUGAAACGGUGAAGUCCCGGACGAUAUACGAUGUGACGCAUCCAGCCCGGGCGGCCCUCCUCCCUCCCAAGGUGAACCCCGCCAGUUUGCAUGGGCCUGGGUGGACAAUCUAUGACGUCCACCAUCCUGGCGGCACGAGGAAAAGUCGGCGUUUGGUGGGGAAGAAAGCCGCGGUGCGAUCAUGAUGUUUCCUGGAUUGAUUCUCGCUUUGUACGAUUAUCCUACUUUGCGAACUAGAACCAUUGAAGGGGUCCUUGUUGUCAAAGCAAAGGUGUAUUGCCCGCCUUCGUAACUCCCUGGCGUUCCCUCGUGCGGAUUACUACCAAAACUAAUUUAAAUAGAAUUUUCAACCU